UUCAACCUUGAUAAAUAGUUUUCUCAAUGGUUCCAAAACUAAGCAGAUGCUCUUAACAACACAGCACAUGUCAACAGCUCAUUGUCUCAAGGAUCUGGUACCUAAUGUUGCAAUCAAGAGAAAAGUGCUUGAAAGAACAUCUUCAUUUAAGCUUCUGGGAUUAUGGAUUAAUGAGCAUCUCAAAUGGAGUGAUCACAUUAAAUACUUAUCUUCUUCGUGCUAUGCAGUGUUAUCCACUCUUCGGAAACUAAAGAACCUGGCUCCACUCAACGUGAGAAAGCAACUAGCUGAAAGUUUAGUCCUGUCCAAACUGGACUAUAAUGAUAUCGUGUUCCAUCCACUUCCGCUGCAGUACCAACAAAAGAAGUUACAGCGAAUUCAGAAUGCAGCGGCAAGCUUUAUAUUGAAUAAAUAUAACACCGAAAGAGAUGUAGUGGAGCACCUCAAGUGGCUCCCUGUUAAAGAAAGGACUGAAUAUCAUCUAUUACGUAUAGCUCAUAAAUCGCUGUGGGACCCAUCGUUCCCAGAUUACUUGAAACUUGAAAAACGCAAAGUCCAUCGGAAGUUGCGGUCAAGUUGUAGUACAAWUCUAGUCGUCCCUCUUGAAACAGCAACAUUCUAGGAUAACUGCUCAAAGCACAUUAUUGAAGGGCGUCUUCUAAACGAAGGAAAGAUGGUGGCCACAAAGAUAAGAAAUAAACAAGUGCACAAGGUUUUUCUCCCUGCUUACGUCACCAUUGUUGCUAUGGUAAUUUUGGCAGCGUGUCACUGCAAGGCUGCCAGUCUGAUCGACCGUAUUAGUAUUCAACCCAAUAAACGAGGCGGAGUACAUCCGUGUGACAACGUUAAGAACAAUACAGUGGUCCAUACUCUCAGUGGCGAUGUUGUAUGCAGGCUGCCAUCCAAAGAGAAACUUAAGCAGAAGCUCGAUAUUAUCGGUGGUUACAAUCGACACUACGUAUCUAGUACCUUAGAUGAAGCAAGAGUACACUUCAAGAACCUUUUUGAGGGCUAUGGAGAAAAAUUUACAAACACCAGUAAUUGGAGGGCCUGGCAUAUCGACUCAGAUGCAAGUUUGAACUACGAAAAAGAGAUGGAGGGUAUGRAUGCAAUGAAUGCAAUGGAUGACAGUGAAACGAUUGAAGUGCAGAAACGAGAAUCAAGCAAUAGUUCAAAUAUACAAUGCUUGGCUGGUGGUAGAGAAACAGCUGAAGGAAUCCACUUCUGUCCAGCCUGCCAAAGAUACACUGAACUACCAGCCAACAUUUAUCCUCGAUAUAUCAACGAGCUGACAUGUGAUGACUCCCAGAGUGGAAGCAGUUCUAUUCCAGGCUGUUUUUUAGGCCAAUCCUUUCAAAUCGGGACGUGCCGUCAGAUAAACAUGACCAUUGACCUUCUGUCCCAUCAAAAUGGGCAAUUUACGCUGACGUUUGAGAAUGCAACCGUCAAGAUGUAUGAAGCAGUGUAUGAUGCGUUUACACGGGAACUGAGGAUCAGUUGUGAAUGCCUAGGAUUUCCCGAGUUAGUACAACCAUGAAGUUACGUACUCAACAGCAGAGACAAACGUCGUCCGUCCUAUGCCAGACCGUGUUAUACAGUCAAUUCAAACAACGUUGUCGUCGACCAACUCAAGACUACGCGACUGGACCGAAAGGAACUCUGGGUAGCAAUCAUUGAAGCCGAGUUGACUCCAUGAUUUUAUUUGACUAGUUAUGCCUGGUUUACAGCACGAACCUUCGUAGGCGAGCGGGAAGUGGUGAAGGAGACGAUUUUUUAAUGCCUUCAUAUUCUCGAAAUUGUGAAUCAUAACUUCUUUAUUUUUCUUUCCCUAAACCCAAAGACAUGCAUUUGAUGAACUGUUUCUCGCCAUUAUUAUCUUAUUACUAGCGGGAGCAAUUAAUUCAGAACGAAUAUUUAAACGCUUCAGGGAUUUUUACCCAUAUACCAUUCGGUCCAGUCGAGUAGGCUUGAACCGGUCGACGACAACGUUUUUUGAAUUGACUGUAUUGCAGUAGGUCCUUCUCCACUAAAGGAUAAUUAUUUAAACGUUUCCAAACUACAAAUGUUAAACAAUAAAGUGAUAUACUGUUAUUAAUUAAAUGUAGCAUUACUUCAACAACAGU